GUGUAGAGAUGAGCGACACUUAUCUCCGAUGUUGGAUAUUUGCUUGGAAAAACGUGUGGGUACGACCUUGGCUGCCCCGAAGUGUAGCUCCAGUUCUGUGAGGUUUCGAGGAUUGGCAGAGGGGAUCGAGGGGACCAUGAAAAUGGACAUGGAGGAUGCGGAUAUGACUCUGUGGACAGAGGCUGAGUUUGAAGAGAAGUGUACAUACAUCGUGAAGGAUCACCCCUGGGACUCCGGAGCCGACGGAGGGACCUCGGUUCAGGCAGAGGCAUCCUUACCCAGGAAUCUGCUUUUCAAAUAUGCCACAAACAGCAAAGAGGAGGUUAUUGGAGUAGUGAGUAAAGAAUAUAUACCAAAGGGAACACGAUUCGGACCUCUAAUAGGUGAAAUCUAUACCAAUGAUACAGUUCCCAAGAAUGCCAACAGGAAAUAUUUUUGGCGGAUCUACUCCAGAGGGGAGCUUCACCACUUCAUCGAUGGCUUUAAUGAGGAGAAGAGCAACUGGAUGCGCUACGUGAAUCCGGCACACUCUGCCCGGGAGCAAAACCUGGCUGCGUGUCAGAACGGGAUGAACAUCUACUUCUACACCAUUAAGCCCAUUCCUGCCAACCAGGAGCUUCUUGUGUGGUAUUGCCGGGACUUUGCAGAAAGGCUUCACUACCCUUAUCCUGGAGAGCUGACAAUGAUGAAUCUCACACAAACACAGAGCCACCCAAAGCAGCAGAGCACUGAGAAAAAUGACCUUUGCCCAAAGAAUGUCCCAAAGAGAGAGCACAGUGUGAGAGAAAUCCUAAAAUUGGACUCCAACCCCUCCAAAGGAAAGGACUUCUACCGUUCGAACAUUUCACCCCUCACUUCAGAAAAGGACGCCGACGACUUCAGGAAAAAUGGGAGCCCCGAAAUGCCCUUCUACCCCCGGGUGGUGUACCCGAUCCGGGCCCCUCUCCCGGAAGACUUUCUGAAAGCUUCCCUGGCCUACGGGAUGGAGAGGCCCACGUACAUCCCUCACUCCCCCAUCCCAUCCUCCACGACGCCCAGCCCCUCCGCAAGAAGCAGCCCCGACCAAAGUCUCCAAAGCUCCAGCCCGCACAGCAGCCCGGGGAACAUGGUGUCGCCCCUGGCCCCUGGCCCUCAAGAACACCGGGACUCUUACUCCUACUUGAACGCGCCCUACGGCCCCGAAGGCCUGGGCGCCUACCCCGGAUACGCGCCUCCCCCCCACCUCCCGCCAGCCUUCAUCCCCUCCUACAAUGCUCACUACCCCAAGUUCCUUUUGCCCCCCUACAGCAUGAACUGUAACGGCCUGAGCACCGUGGGCGGCAUCAACAACUUCAGCCUGUUCCCCAGGUUGUACCCCGUCUACAGUAACCUCCUGGGCGGGGGCAGCCUGCCUCACCCCAUGCUCAACCCGGCCACCCUCCCCGGCUCGCUGCCGUCGGAAGGCGCCCGGAGGCUGCUUCAGCCCGAACACCCCAGAGAGGUGCUGGGCCCGGCGCACCACAGUGCCUUCUCCCUCCCCGGGGCCGCCAGCCUGAAGGACAAGGUGUGCAGCCCCACCAGCGGGUCCCCCACCGCAGGGACAGCGGCCUCGGCGGAGCACGUGGUGCAGCCCAAAGCUACCUCAGCGGCGAUGGCGGCCCCCAGCAGUGACGAAGCCAUGAAUCUCAUCAAAAACAAAAGAAACAUGACUGGCUACAAGACGCUUCCCUACCCCCUGAAGAAGCAGAAUGGCAAGAUUAAGUAUGAAUGCAAUGUCUGCUCCAAGACUUUCGGCCAGCUCUCAAACCUGAAGGUCCACCUCAGAGUGCACAGUGGAGAGCGGCCUUUCAAAUGCCAGACUUGCAACAAAGGCUUUACUCAGCUCGCGCACCUGCAGAAACACUACCUGGUACACACAGGAGAAAAGCCACACGAAUGCCAGGUUUGCCACAAGCGAUUUAGCAGCACCAGCAAUCUCAAGACUCACCUGCGACUCCACUCUGGAGAGAAACCUUACCAGUGCAAGGUGUGCCCCGCCAAGUUCACCCAGUUCGUGCACCUGAAACUCCACAAGCGCCUACACACCCGGGAGCGGCCCCACAAGUGCGCCCAUUGCCACAAGAGCUACAUCCAUCUCUGCAGCCUCAAGGUCCACCUGAAGGGGAACUGUCCUGUGGCCCCAACCACGGGGCUGCCGUUGGAGGACCUGACCCGGAUCAACGAAGAAAUCGAGAAGUUCGACAUCAGUGACAAUGCCGACCGGCUCGAGGACAUGGAGGACAACAUCGAUGUGACCUCUGUGGUGGAGAAGGAGAUCCUGGCUGUGGUCAGGAAGGAGAAAGAAGAAACUGGCCUCAAAGUGUCUUUGCAAAGAAACAUGGGGAAUGGACUCCUCUCAGGGUGUAACCUCUAUGAAUCAUCAGACCUGUCCCUCAUGAAGUUGCCUCCCAGCAACCCACUACCUCUGGGACCUGUCAAGGUCAAACAAGAAACAGUUGAACCAGUGGAUCCUUAAGAUUUUCAGAAAACAAAGAAGUGUUUUUGUUUUGUUUCUUAACUUAUGACUUUGGCAAGUCAGGGUGCCUGUAGCAAAUUACUUGUACAUAGACCCCGGUUCUGCAAAGCUCUCCCCCACCUGUCUGGAAUCAAAGAAGGAUCUUCCAAAGUUACUGAAAUCUCAGGGCAUAAAUGAGGCAAAGACAAUAUAUAUACAUAUUAUAUAUACUUAUUUACACCCCAUAUAUAUAUAUAUAUUUGAACCUGUGUAUUUUGAAUAUUUUGUGUGAAUAUGUUUGCAUAGCCUUCCCAUUGCUAAGACUAUUACCUAGCCGUAAUUAUUUUUUUCAAUGAUAAUCCUCCAUAAUUUAUUAUACAAUUUACCACUUAAGAAGCAAUAAUUAAAAAAAGUUUACAAUGCCUGGAAAAAUUCCUUGUAAUUUGAGUAUAAAUGUUAUAUUUUUGUCUUGUGGCCAUUCUUUGUAGACAAUUUCUGCACAUCUGUUUAAGUAACUAAGAUUUAGUAUUCAAAUACAUUACUUCAGUCAACCUCCCUCUAUAGUAAUGGCUUGAAAAUGAGAUUUUGGUAUUGCCAAAGUUAGACAGCUGAUGUGUUAAUUUACAGGAGCAUAUCAUUUGAGCAGCAUUGUAUUACUUGGGGGUAUGUGAACAGAAUUACCCGAUAAUAACUUCAGUAGGAUAAACAAGAAAGGGAAUCUUGUAUGUUUCUGUAGAUAGCUCAGUUUUUUCCCCUAGCCACAGAUUUACUAGAAAGGUGACAAGGCUCUGCCAACCUCUCUCCCUCUCCAAAAAGCAGGGUCACCCCAACCCUGAAGUCAUGUGACCAUUCAGAGUGGCCAUGGACUUUUGCAUCCCACUUUAUUAUCUGAAAAUGUGAAGAAAACAAAAUGGCAUGUUUAAAACCACUGAGAAAUGUUCCCAAAGCACAGGUGGUUUUGUGUGUGUGAGGUUUGGGGGCUUGAGUCUGGGUGAUGUUUUUGUUGUUGUUUUUGUUAUGUCAGAAUUGCACAAACAUGGUGCUCUACCAGGAAGGAUUUGAGGUAGACAGGCUCAGGCCACACUUUAAAAAAAAAAACAAACCAAACUUAAAAAGCAAAAAAACAAACGGGUAUUCUCAUCUUAGGGUAAAAGCGGGUAAUGAGCAUUCCUAUCCCCAACACAUCAGUUGUAUUCUUUCUGUAAAACUCAAUUUUCCUCAGUAUUUGUGUUUUCACAUUUUAUGGUUAAUUUAAUUGAAGAUGAAAGGGCAUUGCAAAGUUAUUCAACAAUAAUUACCUCAUUGAGUGUGUCCAGUAGUGCAGGAAAUGAUGGCUUAUCUGAUGAUUUGCUACUCUAGACGAAACUAAGUGUGCUCCAGAAAGAAGCACGAUGCCAUUGUAGCUCUUACUCUGCUUAGCCCAAAGAUCACAUGUUGGCAUUCAAGGUGUAUGGAAGAAUGAUGUAUAUUUAUAAAUCUAUUUAUACCACUAUACCAUGUAUAUAUAAUAUAUUUAUAACCACUUAAAUUGUGAGCCAAACCAUAUAAAAGAACCUACUUUUCCUAUGGGCAAGAAAAAAAAAGAACAAAACCCUUUCUGAGACUUUGUUUAGCACUCGGUGACCUCACAAUCAUACUGAUGAGCUCGGGCACCCCUCACCCUUGUAAGAGACCCUAAAACCUUGGUGCAAAGGUGGAGAUCUCAACAACCAGGGAGAAAGAGAUUUUGCUUUUUUACUAUUAAGGACAAUCUAAGAUGGCUUUAUUGCUGUUUUGCGCCAUUAUGUGGUCACACCCAAGUCACAGAAAUAAAAAUCCCUUCAUUACUCCUUUACUAUUGUAAUUUUUUUUCUCUCUUCCUCUCCUUCCUAAAUAGCUGAUGGAUCACUAAUUGAUCUGGUUUAUAUAUAUGCAGCAUUCUUUUCAUGGCAACUAAUGUCAACUGCAGAAGAGAACAACAAAUUUAGGAUAAUCCAGGGACGCCCAAGAGCCUUACUGAUCUGUUCUUGUAGCAAACCUGAGUUUUUUAUGUAUCAUUGUUUGACAAACACAGUCCUUAAAUUUAUAGGUAAAUAAACCAAAGCAUCACACUGACAUUGACACCAAGUACUUCCUAUUCCCCACCGCUCAGUUGUCCUUUUUCCCUUUAUGUGGGAAUUUUUACCAAGACCUGCAUGGCGGCUUGAGACUUCCUGCUUCUCUGUAGCGUCCGACUUGCCCUCCUAGCCUCUUACGUCUGAAUGUUGGGCCCACAAUCAACAGUGGUUCUAUUUUUCCCCCUCAAAGUCAAAACUGACCAAAGUUACUGACAUUUUCCUUUGCUAGAACAACAAACUAUCUUAUGUUUACGUACUGGUUUACAUUGUUAUUUAUGUGCAAAUUGUCAAAAUGUAAAUUAAAUAUAAAUGUUCAUGCUCUA